CUUUGGCACUGUCUUGGAUCUUGCCCCGCUCCCACCCGCUUCCAGAAGAAGCGCCUGAGUGGAAGCGCGCUCCCGGCGAAAGGGGGCGGCCCUCCCUCGCGUGCACGCGCUCCGAAGGAGAAGCGCAAACAGAUUCAGCCAAAAAAACCACCAGACACAACAGGAGCAACAACAUAAAUGAGAGAAAAAAAAGAAACCCCGGAACCGAGAUGGCGGAAGCGCCUAUUGUGUGAAUAAGACGGAGAGAGAUAAACAGAAAUCCACUCGGAGCAACUUAACCAAAGAAUUUUAUAUUUAAAUAUAAAGCGGAGAAACCCCAGCUUUCCGAAUAAAUAAAUAAAUGAGGAGAGAGGAUCUUCGCUGAUGCUGUAUUCCCCGUGCGACCAUUCCGAUUUGGCAACGAGGGAAUAAUUUUACGGGGCUUUUUUCUUCACAACAUCGGUGGGGAGAAGUGGAAAAGUCGGGAUGAAGAGUUGCAAGAAAAAGCUGCGCGUGUGAGAAGAUAAAGAGGAAAUAAUACAUUAUUUUUUUAACAAGUAAAAAAAGGAAGAAAGUGCGGCUCCCGGUGGCCGAAGAAUGGCUUCGAAGGAGCGGCUGUACGAGCUCUGGAUGUUGUACUUCACCAAGAAGGAUCCUCACUAUCUGCAACAAUGGCUUGAAGCCUUUGUCACUUCUUUUGAACGAGUUAUUGAUGUCAGCACUUAUGAGCCACUGCAGCGAAGACCUGAAGAGAUGGCCGCAGAGAUUCCAUUGUUGCCGGGCAAUGUGCUUCAAGUUCUGAGCCAGCAACUGAGUGAAUGUGUACACAGAUUAUCCACUGAGGAGGCUGAGCUAGGCCUUGGGCAAGCGCAGCUCCUGAUAAAAUUUCUCAUUAUUAUCUGCAGAAAUUUAGAAAAUAUUGAAGCAAAAGUCACUCCAACCUUUCACCCGGUUAUAAACCUGUUGACUGUGUGUACUGCUGAGUUAAAGAAGGGAGCACAGGAGAAGGUUUUAUUGGAGAACUUGAAGGUCGAACAAUUAACCAUGUAUGCACUGCACCUGUGUGAAUGCCUCUUUGAUCCAUAUCAAAUCUGGAGGCGGCACUUAGGAGGAGAACUUAUCAGUUCUGUGGAAAGGAGUAAAUACAAAUUUGCACCAGCUGUUUUACCUCAGGAAUUCAACACUUUCUUCCAUGAAAGCUUCAAAGACAGUCAGAACUUGCCAAAGACAAUCCACCUACGAAUCUUGUAUCUCUAUGGAGCCAUUAUCAGUGGAAGUAAGCAAAAUGCACUACUCGCCAUCACCCCGGCCUCUGUCGAGGUACUUAUGCUGAUUCUCAGGACCUCGUGCGACACAGGAACUCGGGAGCCAAAGGACUCCCGACUGUUGCAAAUUGGCUUGAAGUGUCUGAUUGGAGUGAUCCACAUUCUCCACUCCAGCAGCAUUGACCAGAGGAGAGUGACAAUCGAGACAAUAUUGGACAGCUACUUUAAGUUGUUGAAUGCUGAUAGGCCGUUGGCAGUACAAGAAGAGGGAUCCAAAACCCGACUAGAGGAUGGCUUCAUCACCCUGCGGAUCAACAUGCUCAGUGCUAUCUCUGAAAUGUUGAACUGCAAGGAUCGACCUGUGCUUCAGGCAGUGUUCCUUAAUAACAACUGCUUUGAGCACAUUAUACGACUCAUCCAGAACAGCAAGCUGUAUGUAAGCAGUAGGUCUAAGGAUGACAGCAAGGGUGGGAGUGAUCUUGCCACUCAGUUACUGACUGAAAUCAAUCUCAGCAAGGUAUUUGAGAAGGAGUCCGACUCCAUCACAGUGCAUGCUAUCAGAGUGCUAACAGCGAUCAUGAAGAACUCACCCUCUGCCAAGGAAGUUUUCAAGGAACGGAUUGGUUACUCUCAUCUGUAUGAGGUGCUGAAAAGCCAGGGGGAGCCAACAAAGCAACUUCUGCAGGAACUCAUGAACAUGGCUACUGAAGAUGCGAAUAUGACCUCCCUCACCAUUAUCAAUAAUGAGCAACCACUGUUGAUCCUGAUGCAGUGGAUUCCUGACCUGGAAUCUCGCAAUCUACAGAUCUUUGUCUCUGAUUGGUUAAAGAAAGUAUGUGGUGCUACCCUGCGGACUCGCAUGACCUGCGUGAAGGCUGGGGUAUUGAGUGCUACUCUGGCAUCGUUGCACUGCCACCCACAGCUCGACAGGAAGUGUGGCGAGAACCUUAUUGACUUGCUACAAGUGCUGGGUAGCCUUUCCAUUCAACCGGGAGAACUCCGGCAACUCCUAAAACUACUUCGGACCACUGAUGGAAAAGCACAUCCGUACUCUGCCCGUGUCAUUCGGGCCUUAUCAACCAUGGCGAGGAAAGAUGGGACUGAAAGUGUGCUGCAGUAUUUUGACCUGACUCCCAGUAUGGCAGGAAUAAUGGUUCCCGUUAUUCAGAAAUGGCCGGGUAAUGGUUUUGCUUUCCAUACGUGGCUGUGCCUGAAUGAGGAGUGGGAGGAUGGCUGCAUUUUCAGCAAGAGACCAAAACGAAAACAACUGUACAGUUUCUUCACAUCAAGUGGAACUGGGUUUGAGGCCUUCUUCACAUCAGAUGGGAUGUUAGUUGUUGCAGUUUGCACCAAGAAAGAAUAUAUGACCGUGGCUCUCCCAGAAUUCACCUUGAGUGACUCCCACUGGCACUGCAUUGACAUUGUUCACAUCGCAGGACGCCGACCCUUUGGACAAAAUUUGGUUAAUAUUUACACAGACGGUUGUCUAAGGAAGACGGCACAGCUCCGGUUCCCUUCAUUGAAUGAGUCCUUCACGUACUGCUGUAUUGGAUCAGCUGGCCACAGAACAACGACAACAGUUAUUACUUCUCCCAUCCAGAUUCUUGAUCUCUCCUUCACUUCACAUUCCCCUCUCAACCGUUCUCAGUCCUUCCCAGCCAGCUUUUCAUCUCCUAUGAGAGGCCCUACCUCUCCACAAGCCAUUGUGAAUACAAUUGCAGCCAGCAUGCAGGAUGCAGAAUGGGGCACACCAACUUCUUUGGAAGGACUGAUGGGAUCUGUCUUCGUAUUCCAUGAAGCUCUACAGCUGGCACAAAUCAAAGCACUUUUUAAUGCAGGUCCAAACAAUUUGUUGCCAUUUAAGCCUGACAGUGAGCUGUCUGAUUUGAGUAACAAGCUACUCCUUCAUUACACUCCCAAGGCCUGCAAAAAUCAAAUUUGUUUAGAUCUGUCCUCAAACCGAUUCUAUGAUGGGAGGUUGACUGGGCACAAUACAGUCAACUGGGAUAUCAAGGAUGUGAUCAAUUGUGUUGGGGGAAUGGGUGUCCUCCUACCACUUCUGGAACAAGUGGCAUCCAAAAGCGAUGAUUCAGAGGAGAAUCAAGAGACGACUGACCUAGUGGGACCAGAACUGACAUCUUCACAGAACAUCCAAGGAAUGCUUCUACCUCUGGGGAAGUCUUCAGAGAGCAAAUUGGAGAGGAAUAGUGUAGCUGCAUUUUUGCUACUGGUUAAGAAUUUAAUCCGAAACCAUGCCAUAAAUCAGGAGAAUUUCAUCCAGUGUAAUGGCCCAGCUGUCAUAGGUGCCCUGCUGCAAAAGGUUCCGAGCCACAGAGUGGACAUGAAUGUACUCAUGGCCUGUCAGUUCCUGAUGGAGCAGGCAGCUAGUGAAGGCAAUAACCUCCUCCUCCACUGUAUGUACCAGUACCUGCUCUUUGAUUUCCGCAUCUGGAGCCACAGUGACUUCGCCGUUCGAUUAGGGCAUAUACAGUACUUAUCUACAAUUGUUAAAGAUCACAAGCAACGCAUCAGAAAGAAGUAUGGUGUGCAGUACAUACUGGACUCCAUCCGGACUCAUUAUGGCCCACAGAAGGAUAAUCACAUCACAGCUGAUGUUAAAACUGUUCAACUAUCACUCUUCAACCUGGUGAAGGAAUUCAUCAAAGUAGUUACAGCUGAGGAAUUGCACUGUAUCAUCUCUUACAUGGCAACAGUGAACGAUGAUGAUCAGCUUUGUGGUAUUCUGGACAUCUUGCUUAGUCUGUUGAAGGGAGGCCCUUCCAGAGACCAGCUGUUCACCUUGCUGUUUGACCCUGGCAAUGUGGAAGUGUUUUACUCAUUGAUCCUACAGAAGAGAUAUUCUGAUGAAGUGCGUGAGAAGAUCUUUCGGCUAAUGUACAAGAUGUUGAAGUAUGACAAAGUUCAUGAAAAAUGCAAGCUUCGACUGAAGCUGAAGGAUAUUGGCUAUCAAGGUCUGGCUUCCUUCCUGAAUGAAUUUCCUGCCUCCAUGUCACUCAUUCGGUGCCUAUCAGAGCAGGUGCUGUGCUCAGAUCCUGUUCCAAAUUACAAGGACCUGAUUGCUGUAGUUUAUUUAUCUCACAAAGCAGAUCUAACUGUGCGGCUGGACGUCUGUCGAAAGCUGUUCCAUCUGAUUUACUCUCAGCAAGACAUUGUUCGUCAGUUGGCAAAACAGGCUGGAUGGCAGGACAAUUUUACCAAACUCUACGUAAAAGAAUCGUACGAAUCUCGAGAGGCCAGUCUAUCAAGUUCAUUGAUUAACUACUCCAUUGACUUACUUAAGAAUUCAGAUCAGAGCCAGGACUUCAUCCAAGAGCAAGGCAAAGAGACGAUCAAUCGCAUGAAUAGCCAAUCAGACUUCCAGGACUCCGAGGUCUUUCUCCCUUUCAGUAUAGAUUUGAAUGAAGGCUUUUCAAAAGCACAGCCUGACCAUUCCAUGCUUGCUCUUUUCCCCUCCAGUGAGAUGCAGUCCUAUGAUCCUUUAAUGAAGUCUUUUGAUUCCUUGGACCACACGAGUAAUUCUUCAACCAAUACAAUAGACAUCCCAGGCUCAGGUGAAGCCAUCCCUUCUGAUACUUCUGAAGAUGCUUUCUACCAGCCCCUCUCACCUUUCGCACAACCUUCCUUUGACUUGGGACCAGAAAUGGGAAGUACUAGUUCCUUUACCACUGUGGAGAGUGGAAAUUUAACUCCAGUCAGCACAUCAGAAACACCAUCUCCUCUUGAGAAUUUCAAACCCUUUCCAGGGAUUCGCACGUGGAAAAGCUCCAGUCUGUCCAAUGUUCUGGAUGACUCUAGCUACCAAGAGAAUCUCCCCAGUGAUGACGCUUCUAAUACCAGCAACCCACAGCAAACACCAGAAGAGGAACUUUGCAACUUGCUAACAAAUAUCAUCUUCUCUGUAAUAUGGAGAGGGGUAGAGGGUUCCGAAGAUGCAGCAUGGAAGGAGCGAGGGCAGAUCUUUUCUGUCCUAACCAAGCUUGGGACAGCCUGUGAGCUGGUACGCCCACCUGAUGAAAUCAAAAGAAGCCUAUUGGAAAUGAUGUUGGAGUCUGCAUUCUCUGACAUUAAGGACUGUGCAAGCACUGCGUUAACAAGCCAUAUCCAAAAUAUCCUAAAGCUGCUCCGACUGCUCCAAGAUUUUCUCUUCUCAGAAGGGCAAAACAAUCAAGUGCUAUGGAGUGAAAAGAUUCUUGAAGGUGUGAUUAACUUAUUGGACAAACUAGCUGUUUGGUAUCAUUCGGAUAAUGAGACAUCUGAUUUGAAGGAAAUGGCUCAGAUUGGCCUCAGAAUUAUUCUGGGCUACAUUGUACAGGAAGAUGUUCAGGUGUGUGCAGUGGCCUGUGUGAAGCUUCAUAGUCUCCUCCAGACCAUGCCAAUUCGGAAGGAGGAGGCCUGCUUUCUGCUGGGAAAGCUGGAUGUUCCCCUUACGAGAUCCAUCAGGUGUAAGACUGAGAUCUUCUCUUAUCUGAUGCCCAUUGUCCGCACUCUAAUGGACCAGUGUUACCAGUUGCUUGAGCUUCAGUACCAACUGCCAUCUCUGCCACCCACCAAUGGCAGCCCAACCUUCUUUGAGGAUUUCCAGCAUUUCUGUGUCACCUCUGAAUGGAGACUGUUCUUGGAAAAACAGGUUCUGAAAGCCAUGACUCAAUACGAGCACGACACAUUUGACAGAAGUCACAAUCAGAUGUCCAGCUUCUGGAAUUCCUGCUAUGACUCUCUAAUGAGCAGCUCAUUGCGUCGGGAGCAUGAGCGUGGGGAGAGUCGUUCCAAGUUUGAGGAGUUGAUUCUGGAGCCAUACAUGAAGCGUGUGAGGUUUGAGAAUGCUCGAUACAGCAAUGUCCUCAAACAGAUCAACAGCCAUCACAACACGGUACUUCGACAGUGGCAAUCAUUAAGGCGCCUCUUUACCUGCCCACGUGGGGCCUGGGCCGAAUGCAAUUCUUCUGAAAUUAAAUGGAAACUAUCAAGUGUGGAGACCUACUCAAGGAUGAGGCUCAAAUUGGUUCCAAACUACAACUUCAGCAUGCAUGCGGAAGCCAGUGCCUUGCGGGAUAACCUUGGUACUGAUCACAUAAGAAACCCACCAGACUCUUUACCACUCGCAGUGGCAAAGGAAGCGAAAGUGAAUGAGUUGGAAGAUGAUCAGCUUGGAGAUGAAGAUCUUGUUUUCCUUAACAGCCAAGGUGAAUCUGAGGAGCCUAGUCAGAAGGAGAAAUUGGUGAUCUCUGAGGAGUGCGAGUUGAUCACAAUUGUUGCAGUGGUCCCUGGGCGCCUGGAAAUCACCACACAGCAUAUCUAUUUCUAUGAUGGCAGCAUUGAAAAAGAAGAGACAGAGGAAGGAAUUGGCUAUGAUUUCAAGCGUCCCCUAUCUCACCUAGGGGAGAUGCAUCUCAGACGCUAUAACUUGAGGAGAUCUGCUUUGGAGUUCUUCUUUAUUGAUCAAUCAAACUACUUUAUCAACUUCAAAAAGAAGGUCAGAAAUAAAGUGUAUUCGCGUAUCGUGAGUACACGUCCCCCCAAUCUCAACUUCAACAGCCGCUCCCCCCAGGAACUGCUGAAAGCAUCUGGAUUAACUCAGAAAUGGGUUCAGAGAAAGAUCUCCAAUUUUGAAUAUUUGAUGCAACUCAACACCAUUGCAGGGAGAACCUACAACGAUUUGUCUCAGUAUCCUGUGUUCCCGUGGAUCAUUUGUGACUACACAUCUGAGGAACUGGAUCUGAACAACCCGAGUGUUUUCCGGGAUCUCUCUCGGCCCAUUGGUGUGGUAAAUGAUAAACAUGCAAAGGAUGUGAAGGAGAAAUAUGAGAGUUUUGAAGAUCCAACAGGAGACAUUGAUAAAUUUCACUACGGUACACACUACUCUAAUGCAGCUGGAGUCAUGCAUUACAUGAUCCGAAUUGAGCCUUUCACUACCCUGCAUAUCCAACUGCAGAGUGGCAGGUUCGACUGUGCAGAUCGUCAAUUUCACUCAAUCCCAGCAGCCUGGCAGGUCCGAAUAGACAAUCCUGUAGAUGUGAAGGAGCUGACCCCAGAAUUUUUCUACUUCCCAGAAUUUCUGGAGAACCAGAACAGUUUUGAUCUCGGUUGCCUGCAGAUGACUGGCGAAAAUGUAGCUGAUGUCGUCCUUCCGAAGUGGGCAAAAUCCCCUGAAGAUUUCAUUUACAAGCACAGAAAAGCACUGGAGUCAGAACAUGUCUCUGCAAACCUCCAUAAUUGGAUCGACCUGAUUUUUGGCUACAAGCAAAGGGGCCCUGCAGCUGUUGAAGCAUUGAAUGUCUUUUAUUACUGCACGUAUGAGGGUGCAGUAGAUUUGGAUGCAAUUGCUGAUGAGACGGGAAGGAAAGCUUUAGAAGGAAUCAUCAGUAAUUUUGGACAAACUCCAUGCCAACUUCUGAAGGAGCCACAUCCUCCACGUCUUAAUGCAGAGAAUGCUGCCAGGCGCUUAGCACGAUUUGAUUCCACACCAGAUGUCUUUGAGCACUUGGGUCAACUGAAGUCCUUCUUUGUUGAGGGCAUCAGUGAUGAUAUUCCAUUAGUGCAGGCCUUGGUGCCAAAAAACCAAGCAUACUCUUAUUUAACUCCGUACGUACUGGUCACAGUGAGUGCGAAUGGGUUGAUAGGAACUCACGGCUGGCUGCCAUAUGACAAAAACAUUUCCAACUACUUCACGUUCACACGAGAUCAAAAUAUCUCCAAUGCCAAGACUCAUCGCUUCUUGUCAGGUCCAUUUGCUCCUGGAGUCAAUUUAUCACCAAAGAUCCUGGCUGUUUCCCCUGAUGGUAAACUUCUCUUCAGUGGCGGUCACUGGGAUAACAGUCUUCGGGUUACAUCAUUGAGCAAGGGCAAAGUGACGGGACACAUCAUACGGCACAUAGAUAUUGUGACAUGCCUGGCACUGGAUCAUUGUGGUAUCUAUCUCAUCUCCGGAUCCAGAGACACCACAUGCAUAGUGUGGCAGGUCAUCCAACAAGGUGGAUUUGCUUGUGGUCUGUCUCAGAAACCAGUGCAGGUCCUCUAUGGACAUGAUGACACAAUCACGUGUGUGGCCAUCAGUACGGAGCUUGACAUGGCGGUAUCAGGGUCUAAGGAUGGCACUGUCAUUGUGCAUACAGUUCGACGCGGUCAAUUCAUGCGGACCCUACGAAUGCCCUGUGAAAGCACACUGCCCAUGACCAUUGAUGACCUUGUCAUUGGAUGCGAGGGUCAGAUUGUUAUUCACAGCAGUAUAGAAAGCAGAGCAUCAUCCAAGGAUAAGAUGUUCUUACAUCUAUAUUCUGUGAAUGGCAAACACCUGGCCUCUGUGCCCAUGGAUGAGCAGGUGACUGCAAUGUGUAUCGUUGAGGAGUUUGUGGUACUGGGUACUGAGCAGUGCUCGCUGCAGAUCCGGGACCUGCAAAGUUUGAAGAAUGCAGUGGAGGAAAUGGUCAUGAAGGUUCCCAUUCACUGUGUCUCCGUUACCAAAGAUAACAGCCAUAUUCUAGUUGGAUUGAAUGAUGGAAAACUAAUUGUGGUAGCUUCGGGAAAACGCUCUGAGAUGCGGUCAAGUCAGUUCGCUAGGCGGCUGUGGAGUUCCACCAGGCGCAUUUCCCAAGUGUCAUCUGGAGAAACGGAGUACAACAAGACUGACGCAAGCACAAAGUAGAACUCCUCUACGAUUAGCCACAUUGUACCAAGAAUCCAUCACUGUUACAAUCUUCAAAAACAAACAUUACAAUUUAUUUAAAACUUUUUUUCAAAGAUGAAAACUCAGCGAAACUGGCAGGCUGGAGAAGCAGAGGGCUGUGCUUCUUCAUCUUGGUAUGAUGAACUGCUUUCACCAACCAAGGCGCCUGUUCAGAUCCAAAGGAUUUAAAACAUUGAAUGUUUACAAUGAAUGUGGGAGAAUGAUUCGAUGCCUUAAUACUGCAAGGACUUUUAAAAUUGUUUUUAGACAUUUGUUGAUUUUUGACAACAUUUUUCUUUCUGCACAGCGUGAACUUCCGGGUACAUGUAGAAUGUUGUAGUUAUUAUGAGGGUAUGAAGAUGUUAAUAACUGAGUUUUGGAGGAGAUUUUUUGUAGGGCUGGGAUAUUUUUUAUCAUUGCUCUGAAUCUUCAUCUUUUCAAUCUUUGUGUCACUGUUACAAAUUGGGUAAGCUAAAGAUAUAAGACAUAUCGGUAAUGUUUAAAAUAUAUGUACAAGAUUGUUAUCUGCUAAAACUUGAUACCAUAGUAACAGCUGACGUACAAUUCAUCUGCUAGUAGUUAGUCUUUAGCGUCCAUUUCCAUACCUUAUAUUUCCCAUAAAUUCAUUUGCAGCACAGAGAAGGGAUGUUUGGCCCAUUUGAGUCAGUGUCAGCAGUUCAGUCAGUUCCAUUACCUUGCCCUAUCCCCAUAACUCACCUAUUCCAAUUGCACUUCGACUUUCCUUUUGGAAUUAUUGAUCAUCACUACUUGUACCACCCUUAUGGGCAGCUAAUUUCAGAUCAUUAGCACUGAUUGUGUAAUUAAAAACUCUUCUUUGUAUUUCCCCUAGGUCUCUUGUAAAAACCUUAAAUCUAUAUGCCCUCAUCUUUGUACCCGUUAGCUUGGAUGGCUUGUUUUUCCUGUCUACCUUAUCCAAACUUGAAUUAAUUCUGUGCACCUCUAUCAAAUUUCUCCUCAAUCUCCUUCGCUUUAAGGAGAACAAUUCCAGCAACCUUGUACCAAAAUCUCUUGUACCUGAAAUUUACUGGAUCUGUUGGGCUGAGUUAAUUGUGAUACUGUUAAACCAAAAUCUUUGAAGUCAGGAACAUCUUAAGGUACCCCACUCCAAUUUAUACAAUUGUGCGUUGAAGUUUUUUUUACUGGAAAAGGAACCAGCGAAAUGCUGUGGCGAUUAUUACCGACUUAGUCUUCUCAUUACAAUAAGAUUUUUAAGGUUCUACCCUUCAGUUAGGAGCACCAUUCCUUGGGAUCACAUGACAGGAGGUUGCAUCUAUCAUUUUCAUUAGUUUGAAAUUGCUUACUGAGCACUUGUAAUCUACCACUGUGUUCCAUUCACACCUGAAAAUGUACAGUUAUCACCAUUAUCCACUGUCAGUUAAUUCUUCAUGAAUCACUAUGUCAUGUAAUAAGGUCCAGACAAUUUAGCAGGGUAUUAAAAGAGAAUUAGAUAAAUACUUGAACAGAAGAUAUUUAUGAGCAGUAAUUGGAUUGUUGUAUCAAAGAGCUGAUAUAUUGGCAUAAAAUGAGCAAAAUGGCCAAUCUAUUGAUGGCCAUGACUAACAAUGCCUUUCCCAACUUUGUCAUCAAGGAGGCAUGUCUUUUAUUGCAUCUGAUUUCCAACAACUCUCUGUGAUAAAUUUUCCAAUAUUAUUCCUAAUUUAAACAUGAUAGUUUCUUUCCUUAAAUCCUUCUAAGUUGCAAUGCAUUUUUUUCUCCCUUUCAUUCAAAAUCAAAAUGCAUGACGCUGACUCCUACAUUUAACCUAAUUUAUUUGCCUCCAGGACUUUUGAAUGAAAUCUACAUACUUUUGAACCCCAGUUUGCGAUUACUGAAUCGAUGUUUUUUGAUUUACUUGUCUUCCCUUCUACUAUUCUCAAUUUUACAGAUAGUUUUAAUAAUAGAAUAUUAAGUUGAAUCGGAAUAUAACAUUUGGUCUUAAUUCUCUUGAGUAAUAGUGAAGAUUGGAGAUUCAGGCAGGAUUUCCUCUCCUGAUCACUAUAGAGCCAGUUGAAGUUGAGAUUGAGGCCACUUGACAGGUUAAACAAUGUCCUGAUGCAUGCUGUCUGGCGCAGAUGUAAUAAAUGGACAUUUGGUUGAAAUUAUAGUCAUGAGUCCCUGGUACUGUUCUGUAACUUUUUCAGCGGGUGGGGGGUCGGAAGGAAAGCUGAUGGAAAAUAAGAGAAUGAAUUUUAAAAUUGCUGUAGAGCAUUUUAAUAUUUUAUGUUUUAUGUGUUGACUUGUUUGAAACUUGGUCUGGUGCUAAAACCGAAGUGGGAAACUAUUACUAGAUCAUUAUUCUGGCGCAAGCUCAUCUUUUCACUUCUCACAAGAAUGAGCUACUCAAAUGGCACAUAUUCACUCACUGGCCCCUUUCACCUUCACCUUAUCUCUUGUGAUUGACAAAUAUUAUCUGUUUAAUGAUGGUAUAUAAACUGCUGAUAUUUGAUUCCUGAUUUUUAUUUAUGGCUGAGGUGGUUGUUUAAUCAGGAAACUCACUUCUUCUCAUCUCAGUAUCCUAUAAAUAUCAUUCUUUAAAAUUCAUCAAGCAUUUUUUUUUACUGUCAGAAGAUUUUUGGGCCCUGUUAUAUUAGUUUUAAGGGAUAUUUUGAAUUUAAUGGAUUUUUUAAAAGUGAUUUUAGUAUAUACUAUUUUGGUUUAGUAAUUAGCUCCAUGGGAAAAUAAUUAUAAUUUAGUUACAGGUAAUAUACAGUAAUACUUAAUGAGCCCACAAUCUUCCAUGCCUCAAAGGACAAGGGAAAAUCACCAGCAAAGCAUGUCACCUAUAAACUCAACCCCAAAUUGCACAUUAUUCUAACUUGGGACUGUUCCUUCAUUGCUACUGGGUUGACAUUCUGAGGUCUCUCACCUCACAGCAUUUGGUGUGUGACCAUGCCGCAUGGACUGCAAUGAUUCACAAAAGCAGCUCACCAGAAUUCUAAGGCAAGAAAGAAUUGGUAAAAAAAUGCCGACAUAGUUUGGAACAAUGUUUUAGACUUAUUGAAAACAGGCCGGGUAUUUCACGUUUGCAUUGGGACGUGGUUUUGGCCCAGCAAGAACAGACAAUGUUUCAUGAUUUUGAUGUGGAUGUUAUAUUUGCAUUGGAUUAAAAAGAAGUGCUCUAACCAAUGAAAACUAAACUUAAUAAUUUGUAUAAAAGUUAUUCUGGACACUCCACCUUUUUGUGCUUUAGGUGUACCAGAGUUUGGGCCACAUAGGCCAUGGUUUUUAAAUUGAAGCGAAGCAGGUAGCUCUCAGUCUGGAUAGUGGUGGAGACAUGAAAAUUGACCUUGACAACUUGGCGUGGAGAGUGUGGUAAAUCUGGGAUGAUUCUGCCUCCUACCUUCAGUAAUUCCUUUUGGAAUUUCACAUGUGAACAUGGAUAAAUAGAGCUCAUGUUCUCUUUUUUUUCCUUAGAUUACAUAUGGGUACUGUUGACAUCUUGGAUUAAAUAGCUAACCCUUACCCUAUUAACUGUCCAAACCUGCAGCUGGAAGGAAAGUCCUGAUUUUUAGAUAUUGAAGUUUCAUCAUAGUGAAUCUACAAACAUCACUUGUUCCCAACGUUUCAAUUUUUAAAUUAAGCCAGCUUUCAUUUCUGUUAUAUGCUUAAUAAACAUCCCUUACGAAAUUAGCAUUAGCCCAAACUCUGACCACAAUCAGAGGCACAACCAGUUCACCAUCUAAAUUGAUCACAGAGCAGCAGCAACAAUAUUAUAUUUAGAGUUACAAAUAUGUAUGGUGAUAUGAGGUUAUUAUAUUCCCAAAUGGUAUGAUAAAUUACUUUCUGGCUACAAUAUGAUAGGAUGCAACCAAAUGUUGUAACAUAAUCAUUCCAAUAAAUUCCAUGUGCGUUCUUAACUUUCCUUUCCUCCAACUUGUGGCACCUGCCACCCACACUGCCACUGCAUGUGCCACCAGCUGAGUGUCAUUAGCACUCAGUUUCUCGAGUAUCCACUUAUCUUAAGGGACUGGGAGUGCUCGGCAAAUUUGAUACUUGAGAGGAAGCAUCAUAAAAAUAUUAAGCUGCCUGCUUGCAGAGUUGAAGACCCUGGCAUCUUCUGAUCUCAAACUAAUUUGUGGUCUUUCCUCCAAACUCCUAGCAAUGAUUUUUAGAAUUGUGCCCAAUAAGUCUCUGCAAUUUUUGAGUCUCACAUUGGUUGUUGAUUGAGAGCAGACAGUGGACUCAGUGAUCCUAAAUUAAGAGCACUUUUGGACUUGUUUACUUCUUCCAUUUAGGAGCCUGUUUCAACAAAAAUUGAAUCAAGGAGAAGGGAACAUAAAACAGAUUUUCCACAUUUAGUUGAUAUCUACUCCAUACUGCCAGAAUAUGCAGAUUUGUUGUCAUUAUCUUAAAAUAAGGCAGCAACAUCAAUGUCAAAUUUCCUGCUAGCAGGCUGAAUACUUUCUUGUUGUAAAACGUUUCAUGUGUAUGUGAAUUAAUAUACUUUGGCUUGUUGGAGAAGGCAACUAAAUUUUAUUUAAAUUUGUUGGACAUCUACUUGAGUACUGUGAUUUGUAAAAGAAAUGUUGAUACUUUUGUGAACAUGUGAUUGUGAAGAAGAUUUUUUUGAAGAGGUUUUGAAAAUGGAAAGUGGAUAUAUUUUCAAGUGUGGUGUUUUGCACUAUGUACAUUAGACCAUUACAGCAAACAACAAGAGACACCGCUAUGGGUAUUUUCUAUCAGCAGUUUAAAAACAAAAUUAGGUCAAGUUAUAAAGCCAAUAGUCACUGCUUGGAUUUGAAGCUUUUAUUUUUAAGGAAACAACAGCUGCCUUUGUGUUUAUUCCACUGCCUGAUUGGAGAAUAGGUGUUUCAAUGAGUACAUUCCAUAGACACUGAAUUUAAAUUCAAUGCAUUUAUGUGUACAGGUACAUGUGUUUUCCCUUUUUCUGUUUGUCUGUGCGUGUGCGUGUGCAUGUGUGUGUGCGUACGCACGUGCACAUUGUUACAGAGAAGAUGCCUUAAGUGUAAAAAUAUAUCUUGUGGCCUUUUUUUAGAUCUGUUUGUCCACUUACUGUUUGUGGUGUAUGUGACUUGAACUUUUGCUUUCAAAAACACUGAA